AUGAGAUUACUCGCCGGAGUUGUUUCCGCCGCUUUUGCGCAGAAUUGCGAGCCCUUGGCUGACGAUCCCUUUUAUUCGAGUAUUGCACAAGCAACGACUUUGAAUGAUUGUCAUUUGGGUUCGAUUGCGAAUAAUGAACAGUGCAAAGUAAAGUGCCAAAAUGGCUGGGAAUUAAGCUCCAGGUCUUGGAGCCAUUGGGCUAAAUGCAAGUGCAACGCUGAUAAUGCUUGUCACUACACUUACGGCGGCAACUGGGGAAGCGGAGAGCAAAACAAGUUCCCCGAGUUCGGAUGCUGCUUGAAGCCGGACAAGAAAGUUGGAUCAACGUCUCAGAAAUCCACGCUCAACAGAAACUACGGUCAACGAUAUGCCGAGGGUGAUGCGAGUUUUGUCAUGUUCAACUUGUUUUUCAAAAAUACUGCAGCAGAAGCGACUGAUGGAUAUUCAUUCUUGCUCGUCAUUCCGACCGUUUUGCCAGAAGAUGUCACUGUUUCGGGUUUCUCACGAUUAGAACUCGCGGAUAUCUAUCGAGAUGAGCAGAAGGGGCAGACUCAAGUUAGAUUAAACUCCAAAGCGGGAUAUGAAAAUCUUGCAAUUGAUCAGAAGAUGGCAUUGAUCUUCGCUCUGGAGUCAAACGGCGCUACAAAUGUAAAGGAUUUCGCUGACACAAAUGCCAUUCAUGCCUAUUUUUACUCUUCUCGAUACAACUGCUUCUGCGCUGGCAACGAUGCUCUUUGUCAUCAUCUUGAUCCUCCUGCUACGAAAUUUUCGAGUUUCAACAUUCAAGUCUUUGGAACAACCAAGUACGGGAAGGAGCCUGUCAAAAACCAGAUCGUCGAGAUCCUCCAGCGCUACGAUAUUGCUACUAUUCAGGAAAUCCGUGAUUCUACCCAAUCUGCGUUCCCAAAUCUCGUUGGUGACAUCAACCUCGCUGACGACAAGUACGAUUGGUUCACUGGAGAGCGACAAGGAACAACCACGAGCAAGGAACAAGUUGGAUUCAUCUGGGAUCGGAAUAUGUUUUCCAAGGUCGAUGGAUACGAUUUCAACGAUACGACAACCGCCUGGUUCGAGCGACCACCAACAGUUCUCGUUCUGGAGCGCACCAGCCAGAACGCACCUAAUUUCAAGACUCAAAAAGUCGGAAUUAUCUCUGCUCAUUUGAAGCCCGUGACAGGAGUGACCAACAUGGACACAGAAAACGAGAUCAAUCACUUGAAAGAUGUCGAGGACGAUCUUCGAAGCCGUCAUCCAUCUCUUGAUGACGUCAUCAUCGCUGGCGAUUUCAAUGCAGACUGCGACUACGUUCGUGAUCCAGAGGAUUUGACGCUCUUUUCUUCCGGGACCAACUCGUGGCUCAUCUCCUUUGAUGACGAUACAACCGUGUCGAGCACGAUUUGCGCGUACGAUCACAUUGUCCUCUCUGGUCAAAUUCAGAACAACGUCGUCGCCGGCUCCGGGCAAGUUUUUGACUACCAGAACUACUACGACACUGAUUCGAUCUUCUACGACGGCGAGCCGAUCACUGAACAGAUUUCUGAUCAUUUCCCUGUCGAGUUCGAGUUUUUCUAA